AUGAGGCACAAUAGGAAUGACGCAACAAAAUACCAGAAAGAGUUGCAAAUUAAUGCAGAAAGCCAAAAACUGAAUGCACAAAAUUCUCUAACCAAUGAGGCAAUAGAUGUGGAUGAAUUUAUGUCGCGUAUUGUCAAUUUUAACUCUGGAUGGAUAUGUUCCACGUGCGGUCUCCAUGCAUAUCGUGGAGAAAUUUAUAAACUGGCAACAAGUAAUGGACUGAAGUUUGAAAAGGUUCCCGAAUAUUUAGAACAAUUGACAGAUCUUGAGGAGCGCAUGGUGUCGCCAGUUAUAAAUUUUAUGCAGAUCCGAUCUCUGAAACCGUAUGCCCUCAAUCCACAACUUGGAUUGAAAGGCAGCGUGGUCAACAUACCCAUCGAAGUGAAUGAAUGUUUAAAGGUUUUGCCCAGGAAAUUUAGCGAAAUGAAAACCAUACAAGUGAAAUUGAAGCGCCACCUAGACCAUAAGAGCGAUUACAUGUUCGAGUCGGUUCGACCGAAAUUCAUUUGCAAUGCUAUUAAGUAUUUAAUUAACACGCCCUUGUAUAAAAAGUAUGAGAUAACAUUUAAUGAAAAAUAUUUCGAUAAUUGCGAAAACUUAAUGAAUGAAGAAGUAAAUUUUAUAGUUGAUAAGAGCGAUGCAGUUAACGAUGCUGUUUCUUUUUCAAAUCAAGAGAACAUCAACGAAAAUUGCAAUCUUGUGCCAAAUAUCAAUGUCGAUGCGCAGGCAGUUUUUGAUUUGGAUCAAAUCAAUAAUGAUGAAACUAUGUUGAUCGACAAUAAUGAUAUCACAGCGAAAGGACAAGCUGAAAUGGUAAAAGUAAUUGCGCCUGGCCAAAAUAAAUUACCUUUGCCAUGGCACAAGAUUGAAGAUGUUGAUGAACUUUGCUUCCCUAAAAUUUUUGCAGGACAUACUUUUUCACCAAAUGUAAAAUUAUCAUACAAGGACCGAACAAAAUCUGAGAUUCGACGACACGAUCGUCGGUCAUGCGUACCGACACGAAUACUAUUCAUGGCAAAAGAAGUUUAUGGAAAUUUCGUGCUCAGCAAAUCUGAACAUAUGUCUGAGGCGCAGAAAAGCCUGAUUGAAUUCGAUGACGGGUAUCGUCUUUUGAAAAACUUGAGAUCUUCACCAGCAUUUUGGCAGGACAAGAAAAAGAAACUGUUAGCUAUGAUCAGACAGCUUGGCAGACCGACUCUAUUCCUAACACUAUCUGCAGCAGAGUCACAUUGGCCUGAGCUAUUGAAAACGCUCAUGAAAUAUAGUAACUUUGAUAGAAGUAUAUCAACACGGGACGCUUAUUUAUUGGAUCAGAACAUCAAGACCAACCUAAUAAGGAAUGAUCCCGUCAGCUGCGCCAGAUACUUUGAUUUCAAAGUUAAUAAACUGAUGUGGUUACUUAGGCAAGAAGAUACAACGUGGGAGUCCUCACGAGCAUAUUCUUCUAUGGCUACAGAAUGCACCCAAUAUCAGGCAGAUUCUAAUCAGAACAAUAACUUUAUAGACUUUAUUGAUAAAUUCCUAACGUGCAAAUAUGAUCCUGAGGACCCUUACGUGAAAUUGCAAAUGCAUAGACAUGGUCAUACGUGCUAUAAAGGACAAAAAGCAAAAACCUGCAGAUUCAAAAUACCGCAUCCUGUAAUGAGAAGCACUAUGAUAUUGGAGCCACUGCAAGAAGGUGAAAUAUCCAAAAGGCCUUACAAGGAAAUUGACAAACUGAUGAACACCUUCUAUGCGGAACGGAAAUUUGUAAGCUUUGACGAUGUUCUGCAGGAAUUGGAUAUGUCUGAGGCAGAAUAUCUGUUGGCUAUACGCAGUACGCUCAAACAAAGCAGAUUAUUUUUGAAGCGCUCCAGUAUGGAAGUCGGCAUUAACUCUUACAACCGCGAUAUUUUGCAUUUGUUCGAAUCGAACAUAGAUUUACAAUUUAUAAUCGAUGAGUAUGGCGCGAUAAGCUAUGUUACGAAUUACAUCAGUAAAAUCGAAGGAGGAUUAUCAAAGCUACUACGCGAGGCAGCCGCAGACUGUAAUAACAACAAUGUUAGCGUGAAAGAUAAAUUCCGUAAAAUUACGAAUUUAUUCUUGAACCACAACUUGAUGUCAGCACAGGAAGCGGCCUAUCAUGUACUUUCUCUGUCACUGUCAAAACAAAGCAGAAAAACAAUAUUUAUCAACACCAGCCCUUCAAAGGAGCGCGUUCACAUGCUGAAAUCGAGCAACUGUUUAGAAAAGUUGAAUGAAGAUUCAACAGAGAUCUUCAUGGCGGACAUAUUUGAUAGAUACACCAAACGGCCAAAACACCUCGAAUAUAUAUGUUUAGCAGAUUUUGCUGCGAACUACGAAGUACGCAAACUGCAUAAAGCGUUCGACGAAGACAAAGGCAGUGAGGAACAAAAUGAAGAUAAUGCAAGGCGAGGCAAAUCUGCUAUAAUCAGAUAUGUUCGAUACAGGGCCGAUCAAGAUGCUGCUAAUUAUUAUAGAGAGAAACUUCUCCUGUUCAAGCCAUGGAGGAAUGAACAGACAGAAGUGGAAAAUGUUGACUUUCAGACACAAUACAAUCGUUUCAAAAACAUCAUUGAGGACAAUCAGGCAAAAUUCUCAAUUAUCAGCGAUGACUGCAUCGAUCAAAUCAUGCAAUUGGUUGACAAUGAACUUUAUGCCAAUCCUGACAAUGAUGAUGCAGCGGAUAUGCCAGAGGGUUUUGACGUUGAUAUAUUUCAACAAGGCGGUGUCAAAAACGAUGGUGUUAGUAAAACCAAAACGCCUGUCAUUAAAAGUAGAUACACAUGCCCAACGAGAAUUUCACAAGAGGAACUGUACAAAUUAAUGAUUUGUUUGAACGCGAAGCAAAAAGAAUUUGUACUGCAUAUUCUUCACUGUUACAAGUUGGGCAAGUUGCCAUUUCAAAUAUUCCUAAGUGGAUCAGCCGGCGUUGGCAAAAGCACGGUUAUUGAGGCAAUUUAUCAGCUAAUUACCAACUAUUUCGAUGGUUUGCCAGGAGGUGAUAUGGACAAAAUAGUUGUUCUAUUAUGCGCUCCCUCCGGAAAAGCAGCCUUCCUAAUCAAUGUCCAGCUUUCUAGCGACUUAGUCAACACAGUUCGAGAGAAAUUAUCGAAAGUUCAGCUCGUGAUUAUCGAUGAAAUUUCUAUGGUAGGCAGUGCCACGUUGAGCCGAAUUGACACACGUCUCCGGCAAAUCAAAGGCGUGAAUGAACCAUUUGGAGGCGUUUCAAUAUUGGCGGUGGGAGACUUGAACCAGUUGCCGCCUGUGAAAGAUAGGCCGGUGUAUCAAGUUUCUCGUCACAACGAGAUGGAAGCAUUUUUUGACGUCAAUCCACUCUGGAAUGAAUUCCACUUCUAUGAACUAACUGAAGUGAUGAGGCAAAGAGAUGAUUUGUUGUUUAUUAAUGCUCUAAAUAAUCUCGCUAAUGACGCAUUGACCAAUGAAGAUCUGGCAUUGAUAAAGGAACGAGAGGUGAAACCGGAUGAUGUUCCUGAAUAUGCUAUCAGAUUGUACGGAACGAACAAAAAUGUAAGCAUGUACAAUGAGAUGAAAAUUGAAAGUAACACCAAUGUAUUAAUUGUGUCAGAAGCUGAAAAUUCAUUUUCGAACAAUUCAGCCGAACAUCUAAAGCAAUCUAUGAAUAAACUGUUGCGAACUAGAGCUGGUGAUGAUUUCAGACUAGAAAAUAAAAUAAAUUUCAAGAUCAGCAUAAAAUACAUGAUUAAUUACAACAUAGAUAUCGAGGAUGGACUUGUCAAUGGAGCGUGCGGGAUUUUGAGACUGGUGACUUUCAAUGGACAAACUAAUAAACCCGAAAUCGUUUGGCUCGACUUUCAGAUGCAACGGGUAGGAAAAAAGGCAAGAUUAUGUCAUUACGAAUACAUGAUAGAACAUCAAAUAAAUACCAAUUGGACACCGAUUAAAAGAAUGGCCAUCAAGACGAAUGCCAGCGAUGAUGAAAAAUAUCAUGUUAUUCGUAAUCAAUUCCCAUUAGUACCUGCAGAGGCUAUGACAAUUCAUAAAGCCCAAGGUCAAACUUAUGACGCGAUAUGUCUAGAUUUCACUAAAAAAGAGCGAAGAGAUAAGUCGAUGCUUUACGUUGCUUUGAGUCGAGUGAAAAAAUUGAGCGGUUUAUAUAUAUUGGGCAGUUUUGAUAUACAACCAUCUACAAGCGCAAAUGAUGUUACCAUGAAACGUUCAUUGGUCGAAAUAAAUCGCCUACGCGCAACCAAAACAUUAAACUUAUCUUAUAAUACAUUAAAAGACGUAACAUCUCCGGUAUUGAUAUAUCAGAAUGUUGGUACACUAAAAAAACAAAUGUCUCAUAUAAAUGCUGAUCGGUGGUUUCGCAGAGGCGAUAUUGUUACAUUAAGCGAAACGCUAACGAAAGCUUCUGACAAAGUGGACAUUGAUGACACAACAUUUAGUGUAGUCUACCGGUCAAAUUACAAUCGAAAUGGACGUGGUUUAUUAUGUUACGCCAAAAAAAAUAUGAAAAUCACAAAAGUCAUUGCGGAAGCAGAUUCGGACAAUAGAGGGAGCAUUGAAUUGGUAUUAUUUGUAUUGCCAAGCGACGCCAUCACAACGAAUUCGAAUACGCAGAUCGAUAUAAUUUUCUCAAAUUACGACAACAUUCAAGGAGGCGUAUAUGAAACUUAUUUCAGCUAUCAUAAGCCUAUUUACGCCAUUAUCGAUGAGAAACAAUACACGACGACUGAAGAAUCUCGUCCGUAUACUUGCAGUGCAGUUUCUUGCGUAAUAAAUAAUGAUUAUGAGACAAUCCAAGCUGACCAACCAGCCUUAAUUGAUACGGAACAUGAGAACGUCAUUGACUUACAUGCCAAAGUAGCUGAGCUGUUACUCGAUUUGAGCACAUUAGCUGCAUCAAUAUUAGUGAAGCUAAUUUUGCUACUUUGGCAAAUACCAUAG